AUGCAGCAUCACGAGUACCAAUCUGCAAGACCGCAAAAUGCACAUGGCCCGAGUUCAGUACCAUGGAGGUCUGCGCGAAAACUGCAGGUAACGAACGGGAUAAAACUCAAGCCAGUAAAACCAACCCCCGACGUCUCAGGAACCUUUACCAUGGCCGCAGGGAUCACUGACCCAUAUUGGUCUCGUUCAAGCCUCUCUUCGCUGUACUUUGAUGGACUGAUAAACAUAAGGUGCAAAUCGCAAGUCUUUUUUGCCCUGGCAGAUUUGCCGUUCUAUCGCGCAUACGAAGUCAUAUUCUACGACUGCGUCAACCGAUACCAAGUAUCAGUAUCUGAAAACAUACGAACGACAGAACUGAUUUCGUCAACCGCUCACACAAACGUCGAUGACGGUGGGCAGUGGUUGAUCGACAAAGAAGACCCUCUUGUCACAUACCUGGUUUCCAAAGGCUAUAGCACAUUCACGUCCAAGAACCUGAACGACCUCUUCCUCCAAAGCAAUGAGUUUGGACAAAUGCUAUGGGAGUGGUGGUCAUACUAUAAUAAUUCCAAAGACGGACAAGAUUGUACAAGCCAAGAGUUGCAUCUUGACUCCGUUAUCCAUAAAAUGUCACAGAAUCUUGCCGCUGAGCUCACCAAUGACCUCCUCGAUCCCAGGAGUGAGGAUGCUAGCCUCGCGUUGGGAACAGCAUGGCAACAGGAGAUCUAAAUCUCAGUCCGUUGAGAGUGGCUUUUACUUAUCGCCGCACAGGUUUAUCUAACUCUCAUUGUCCUCAUACUGGUCAUAAUCCAGACAUCAGAUCUCGGCCUCCCCGUGGUCAAGAGCUCCAUCCUGCCUGUUUUCUUUGCUGUUGGAAUGGCCGACAGAACGAAGAUAGAGAAUGAACAUGGGAGAGGAGCUGCCGGAUUAGCCACCUUUGGCUUGACAGACGAGGAGAAAGACAUUGGUCCGGAAAAGGCAUCUAAACGGGGCAAUGAGAUGGACAAAACAACACCCAAAGAAAGCUACGCCUUGCUUGGGGAGCUACAGAAGAC